CUUGCUGCUGAAAUAGAUGUCUAAUGCGCGGCUAUGGCGGGCAGCAAUGCAGGACCGGCUGGUCCGCACGUCGAGGGAGGCGGCGGCGGCGAGGCUGGAGCUGUCGUCGAGCCUGGCCGAAAGCAGCAGCCUGCACGACUCUCUGGACGACUGCGAGUGCUACGUGCCCCCGAGCCCCGUUUCGUUGCCCAUCCACGGCGAGUGUGGCAUUCCUCCCUUGGCCCCUCAGGAGCGCGACAAGGUGACGCUCGUCCUCGACCUGGACGAGACGCUGGUGCACUCGUCCUUCGUGCCCAUCCCCAGGUACGACUUCACCAUUAGAGUAGACAUCGACAACAAGCUCCAGACCGUCUACGUCGUCAAGCGGCCGGGCGUGGAGCAGUUCCUGCGCGCCAUGGCCGACAAGUUCGAGGUGGUGCUCUUCACCGCCAGCCUGCAAAAGUACGCAGACCCGCUGGUGGACCGCCUCGACUACUACUCGGCCAUCCGCCACCGCCUCUACAGAGAGUCGUGUAGGCUCUACGGCGGGGGCCUCGUCAAGGACCUGUCCAUCUUGGGCCGGGACCUGCACAAGGUGAUCAUCGUGGACAACAGCCCCCACUCGUACGCACUGCAGCCGCAGAAUGCCGUGCCCAUCACCUCCUUUAUUGACAACCCCAGGGACCGAGAGCUGCUUGAGCUCAUACCUUACCUCUCCGUCCUCUCCGAGUUUGACAACGUCACUGCCGCGCUCAACAGCUGCAGAUACGAGUCGCUCAAGCGCUACUAACCCUCUACGCUACGCUACGGAUCUCGAUCUGCCUAUCGACGCGCGUAACUAGUGUACCUAUAUAUAGAUAGCGGAAGAGCCGACCGAUUUUUCAUAUUCUAACUUUGGCUUGACAAACUUCAUUGCAGAGUCGGGAUGAUGUUACUGCAUUUUGUCAAAGUCAUGAAGCUCAGUUGCCACUUGUUAAAUGGUUGGUCAUGUCACGCCUCCACUCGACUAAUGUAGUCAAGCAGCUGCACAACACAUCCGCGAGUUGCCAGUCACUUUUAAAGUUACAACGCAGCAAAACAGCCAUGCUUUUGGUUUACUUUGCUCCUCUUUCAGAUUUGGAAGGGUCUUGUGCCUUCAGACGAAAGCGAAACAAACCUGUGGUGGAGGAAAUCGUAUUGCGCCUGUUGCGGCCAUUUGUCUUCGUUUGUACGUUUUUGGAUCCUAUGAUUCUUUGUUCUCUUUCUGCAGAUAAUACUUGAAUGCAUCUUGGAAAUCUUUCUCUACAUGUAAUAGCCAGGUAUUUUUCUUUUCUGAUGUGAGCUCAUCAUUCCACAUAGUUCAUUGAUAACGGCAAUUCUGAAAAUUUAGCUCUGGGAACGACGGUUUGUCUCUCAAAAGCAACAAUCUUAUAGUGUGGUACGGUCUCACAUACACUGGUGGAGGGGCAAAAGAAGACGUGAGAUGCAGUGCACUGAGAAGCAAGGAAUCAAGGACAAGAUCUCAAGUUAACCCUCGCAUAGCAGAUGAGGUGGAAAAACAGACGCAAGAUGGGGAAUCCCUCAUGUGAAGGGAUGGGAAGUCAUUGAUUGCAGAUCGGAAAAAUGUUAUAUGGGCAUCGCCAAAUAAAAAAUGUUUUGCAAGCUCGUUGAGAAGAGA